UAUGAAACACGACCAGUAUGUUUUAUUAAAAUCUCCUGAAAACUCCACUAAGUAUGGAAAUUCAAGUCAUGAAAUGCAAGUUGGUAGUUCAAGUGUACGAAUGCCUCAAGACAGAAUUAGGGGACAGAGAACAGCAGAAGCAGAACCAAUGCAAUUUGAUACUACAUUACUGACACCCUAUCCAGAUGGAGAAAUAAGUCUACAUUCAGUUUGCCAAAUUCUAUGA